AUGAUAGAUAAAAAGAAUCAAAAUUUUAAAAAACAAAAGUUCUCUAAAGCGAAGAAAAAAAAUAAAAAUGGUGAAGCAAAAGUUAAUCAAACAUAUAAUAGAUUCAGAACAAAUAUAAAAGUAAAUAAGAAGCAUAAAUCCUUUAAAAAUUUAAAAAAAAAUGAAUUAAAGUUUAAUUAUAAAUUUAAAAAUAAAAAUAAAACACAUUAUAAUAAUAAAUAUAACAUUAAAAACAAAAUACUAAGCAAAGAUAAUGAUGAUUACUACGAAAAUUGUUAUAGAAAUUAUACUUCUAGUGGCGAUGAUAACAUACAAGAUGGGAAUAAUUUAAACAUGAUUGAAAACAAAACAAGUGAUUCAAAUAUGAAAAAUGGCACAGUUGAUUAUGUUGAUUAUAUGAAUAUGAUAAGUUCUGAUAAGAACAAUUUAUAUAAAGUAAAAAAAGAAUAUGAUGAAAAUAACGAUAUAAAUAAUGAAAACGUAUUUAAAUUUUUUCUCUUAUUUUCUCCUUUAGCUAUAACUAGUAUCAAAAACAAAAGUUGUUUAAUUAAUGCUGAUGAUCACUUGAUAUUUUUCGAAAAAAAAUUAAGAAAUCUUGAAAGUUUAGUAAAAAUUGAAAAAAAUGAUAAUAAUAAAAAAAAUAUAGAAAGAAAAAUAGAAAGUAUAAAAAACAAAUUGGACAAUAUAAGACUUGAUAUAUUAUUUUUUACAUUAUUAUGCUUAAGAGAUAGUAUUUUAAAUAAAAAACAAAGACUACAAAUAUAUAUUCAUACAAUUAAUGGUUUAUUAGUUUAUGUUUCUCCUUUAUUUCGUGUACCUAGGAAUUUUACAUUAUUUAAAAAAGUUAUGUUAAAUUUAUUGAAAAAUGGCAUAGUUCAAGAUGAUAACAAGCAAACACUUUUAAAAAUUCUUCCACACUCAAUAAAAUAUUAUAUGGGAAAUACAGUGUGUGUUGGGAUAUCUAAUAAUGGUUUUCCUACAGAUACUAAAAAAUUUACUGACAAAGUAAAAAAAACAAAUAAUGGAUAUUCAUUUUUUGUAUCUUUGUCAAGUAUUUAUGAUGUAACAAAAUUUAUUGAAAUAAUAAAAAAUAAAGAAUCGGAAGAAUUUUCAUUCGACUAUCUUAUUAGAUUAUCAGAUUUAAAAUUAUCAUCAACUACUAUUUGUUCAAAGUUAACUCAUUUUUUGAAUUAA